UUUGGGAGGAAAGAUGGCGGCGGCGAGGGUGGAGGUAAAUGCGAGUGGUCCAAAUGGCCAUUUGCUCCACGAUGGCCUGGCACCCAGGGACGGCCAAGUAGUAUCCCCCGCCUGGAGCGGUGCUUUUGUGAAAAAUCAGUAACUGAGAGCUCACGUUCCUGUUGUGCUGGGAUAUUCUUGAUUUGAGGAAAGUAUUAUGGAUCAUGAUGCCCCAACCAUCAAGCCUCGUCGGAUCCAGAAUCAGAAUGUCAUUUAUCGUUUAGAACGUCGGAGGAUCACCUCUGGAAAAACAGGGACUCACUGGCACCAAGUCCGCAUCUUCCAUCAAAAUGUUUUCCCCAAUUUUACCAUUGUCAAUGUUGAAAAACCACCCUGCUUCUUGCGGAAGUUUUCCCCUGAUGGGAGAUACUUCAUUGCCUUCUCCUCGGAUCAGACAUCUUUGGAGAUCUACGAAUAUCAGGGCUGUCAAGCGGCUGAAGACCUCCUCCAGGGGUAUGAUGGGGAGAUCUUGGCUAAUGGCAAUGACCAGAGAUCCAUCAAUAUUCGUGGGCGCCUCUUUGAGCGUUUCUUUGUCCUCCUUCACAUUACCAAUGUGGCGUCGAAUGGUGAGCACUUGAACCGUGAAUGUAGUCUAUUCACAGACGAUUGCCGCUAUGUCAUUGUUGGCUCUGCUGCCUACUUACCUGAGGAACCUCACCCUCCUUUUUUUGAGGUUUACCGCAACAGUGAAUCAGUCACGCCGAAUCCCAGAUCCCCUUUGGAAGAUUACUCUUUGCACAUCAUAGACCUUCACACAGGCAGGCUGUGUGACACUAGGACGUUCAAGUGUGACAAAGUUAUCUUGUCCCAUAACCAAGGACUGUACUUGUAUAAGAAUAUCUUGGCUAUUCUGUCUGUGCAGCAGCAAACCAUCCAUGUCUUUCAGGUAACACCUGAAGGCACCUUCAUUGAUGUACGAACAAUAGGUCGCUUUUGCUACGAGGAUGAUCUCCUCACACUUUCUGCUGUAUAUCCGGAAGUCCAACGGGAUUCUCAGACAGGCAUGGCAAACCCAUACAAAGAACCAUUCAUAAAUUCCCUGAAACACAGGCUGUUGGUGUACUUGUGGCGAAGAGCAGAGCAGGAUGGGAGUGCCAUGGCUAAAAGGAGGUUCUUCCAGUAUUUUGACCAACUGAGGCAACUACGCAUGUGGAAGAUGCAGCUAUUGGAUGAAAACCAUCUUUUCAUUAAAUAUACAAGCGAGGAUGUAGUCACAUUACGAGUGACAGACCCUUCACAGCCCUCGUUUUUUGUUGUUUACAACAUGGUGACCACUGAGGUGAUUGCUGUCUUUGAGAACACAUCGGACGAGCUGCUGGAACUUUUUGAGAACUUUUGCGACCUUUUCCGGAAUGCCACACUCCACAGUGAAGCAGUUCAGUUCCCUUGUUCAGCUUCAAGCAACAAUUUUGCAAGGCAGAUCCAACGCCGCUUCAAGGACACAAUUGUGAAUGCAAAGUAUGGUGGACACACAGAGGCCGUGCGCCGGCUGUUGGGUCAGCUUCCGAUCAGUGCUCAGUCCUACAGUGGCAGCCCCUACCUCGACCUCUCCCUCUUCAGUUACGAUGACAAGUGGGUCUCGGUCAUGGAACGCCCCAAGACAUGUGGGGACCAUCCAAUCAGAUUCUAUGCCCGAGAUUCUGGUCUUCUGAAGUUUGAAAUCCAGGCAGGACUCCUGGGCCGGCCAAUCAACCACACGGUCCGGCGCCUGGUUGCGUUUACUUUCCACCCUUUUGAGCCCUUUGCGAUCUCGGUGCAGCGGACUAAUGCCGAAUAUGUGGUGAACUUCCACAUGAGGCACAGCUGCACGUGACCGACUCCUCCCCUGUGCCGGCCACACGCUUUGAAUAUAUGCAUUCAAUCAUGGGCACACCAAAGCUGGACUUGUAUUCUAGGAAACCAAACAGAUGAUGUACCCCUUGGAAAGAGGUAACCAUGCUAUGCAUUUCAGCCCAAACUGUUUGGCCCUGAAGAUUCAGCCAGAUGGUAUCGAAUCUCUAAUUGUUACACUUAUCUUUCUGUUUGUGUGAAUGGAACAGAUGAUCUUAUAAAGCUCUCCUUUU